AUGCAUUUUACAAGCGUUUUCUUUUUAAGUAUAGUUCUGAUUUUUUCAAUCGAUCCCUCUAUUCGGCACAUAAAUAAUGGUUCGAUUUAUCAAUACGUAUGGUCUUGGACUAUCAAUAAUAAUUUUUCUUUAGAGAUAAAGCACAUUUCCGCAGCUAUAACAAUAUCACGCUUGUAA